AUGGCCCGCCCUCCGUCUAAUGCAUCGAGUAUAUACAGUCGCUCGCCAGAUACACCAAGACCACACUCCUCGGCGGCUUUGCCUGCCGCCCGGGAUGAUCUUCCCGGGAUUACACCACUGGACCAUCGGAUCUUUGUGGCGGGGAGAACGACCAUGGCAUUAGAGACCACAAAGACACACCUCAGUACAGCAAAGAGCGUGGCACAAUCCCCACUAGACCCAAUCACUGAGAAGCGGAGCCAGCGUGAUCAGCAAGCUCACGAAAAUGAGUUCUUCCGCACCUGUUGCGCGAAUUUCUGCCACCUAGCAACAGCCGUGGUUGACAUCACACAGAAGCUUGUAUUGGAAGAACACUUCCAUUCCGACCAAUUUAUCCCAGUCAAUGCACGCUUGUGCCGGGCUACAUUGGCUCUCUGA